AUGCAGUAUUCAGAUGACGAAGACGAGGGAAAAGAGGGCUACAAGGUCGGAGGCUACCACGCUGUUAAGCUGGGGGACGUCUUCGCAGACCGCUACAUCGUGGUCAAGAAGCUCGGCUGGGGUCACUUCAGUACCGUGUGGAUGGCACGGGAUGACCGCCGUGCUUCUCCCUCUGCACCGAAGUAUGUGGCGCUGAAGGUGCAGAAGUCUGCAGACCACUACACGGAGGCGGCAAGAGACGAGAUCGAUCUGCUCCAGACAGUGCGCGCCAACGCUCAGACCCUCACGGAACUAGCCAGCAACGACCCAACGGGUGAGCUGGAUCCUGACUGUCGUACGGUGCAGCUUAUGGACUGUUUCGACCAUGUGGGCCCGCACGGCCGCCACGUGUGCAUGGUCUUCGAGAUGCUGGGCUGCAAUCUACUGUCCGUUAUCAAGCGUUACAACUACCACGGUAUCCCGAUCCGCAUUGUCAAGAGCAUGGCGCGCCAGAUGUGCCAGGGGCUGGACUUCUUGCACCGUGUCUGCAACAUCAUCCACACGGACUUGAAGCCAGAGAACGUGCUCCUGGACCUUCCUCCUCGACCACCGCCCGAGUCGGAGCAGCCACCCCCCUUGCAGGGAAGGGAAUCUAGGGCUGGCAUGGCAAUGAAAGGCGUGGCGACUACCAUCGAGGAUCUCAACAUGGCGCUGUCGAUGGCAGAUCAGAACGGCUUGAGUGCGGAAGAGAAGCGCAAACUCAAGAAGAAGCUCAAGAAGAAGAAGCAGGCGGCGAAGCGGAAGGGCAUCGCGACGGAGGAAGGAGCCGUUGGUGCAGAUCCAGCCGCCCGACCGGCGCUCUCUCAGCCAUUACCUGAACCGGCAAACGGCACAGCCAUCGGCUCGACAGGAGGCGAUACGGAGAAGGUGGAGGCAAAGGGGGAAGAAGGGGGCCAGGACCGUGCGGAGGAUGUCCCUCGCGUCCCACCCGUGGAUGUGGAGAUGCCUGAUGCAUCUGAUGUGGUUCAGGUGGAGGUGGCUGUUGGCGAUGCUGACAUGGUGGUGGACCCUGUAGCAAGCAUCAUCGAAAAGGCGGGGGAUGGCCUCCCAGUGCCGCCCGCAGCGCCCACAAACGGCAACCUCAGCUCUGUUGUGCGCUCCCAUCAUAAGAACGUGAGCUUUGUCAUGACGGAGGCGGAAGUGGAGGAUCUUGGUAGUGGUAGUGUGGCCGAAAGUGACGGUGGCGCAAGGACCAAGACACUUCCUCCACUGCCACCUUCUACCCCCAACACUGUACGCAGUGGGGGCGUAGGCCAAGGCGAUGCUGCAGCAGGUGCAAACGAGGCGUUCUUACGGAGGAACUUCAGCUUAGGCAGCGUUUCAGAGCAGAGCUCGGAAGCAAGCGCACCAGGUAGGGGGCGAAGUGGGCGACAAGUGGAGCUGUGCGUGGCCGAGGAAUCCCUGUGGGUACCCUUGUCAGAGGGUCAGGAGUGCGUGCUCCAGGUGGUGAUGUCGGCGAAGCGACUGGAGGAGGGCUUGGGGCUGGCACCGGGACAAUUGCCGCAAAGCUUAGUGGAUGGGAAAGAGCUUGUGCUGCUGCUGAGCGAGGAGGGAGAGACGCCUCAGGCCGGGUCCCCGGCUGGUAAAUCCAAGACCUCCGCUGCCUUCGAGACCUGCUUGAAAAUCCGCGGUCUUGGUGUAGAUACCUCGGGUACCCUUGCUGCGCUUAGUAACGUCCUGUGCGCCGCAAGCGGGUGCGCGGGAGGGGCGGCGCAAAGCGAAGGCUCUGAUACAAAAACUGGGGAUGGAGGGGUAAGUUCCAACGAACCGUCAGGAGCGGUGGUGCUGCCGGACGGACCCGUGGAGGCAGGAGACGAGACUGCCGAGGGCGACGGCACGGGGACAUCGCCGGCGGCCGCUCCGGGUGAUGCUCGGCGAGACGUAGACCGGUCGGGACCGCAGACAGGAGGCGAGAAUGCUGUAGAUGAGGCAGCAUCGACGGACGCGUCGUCGUCUCCCCCUGCUCUGUGGAGUCUUGAGUUUGCGUACUCAGAGCUCGAGCGGGUACUGGAGGCGCUGGAGACUGCUGUUUCCGGGCUUAUCUUUGUCGUGGGCGAGGUUGCAAAGAGUGGAGCUCGACCCGAGGCGUCUGCUCUGUGGGACAUCGCGUCGGCCGGCUGCCGGCUGCCUGCCGCGCAGGACGAAUGGGUAGUGAUGGGGGUGGACGUGGUGGCCCUUUCAACCACGAUCCGUGCCAAUGCCAAGGCGGAUGGGGAGGUGUGGCGAAAAGUGGUGAGGGAUGGUGCUCGUGAGGGAGGAGGCGAGUCUGGGCCCAACCCUCAGCCUCUUUCUCAACGGCUGUCAGGCUUAAGACCAGGCACUUCAGAGGGCAGCGAGGCUUUAGAGGAUGUGGGCAAACUGUCCACAGAUAAACCAUCCCCAGCAGAUAGUGGCGACAAGAAGCAGGAGGGUGAGGCUAGGGCGAGUGACUUGCGGCUGAACGAGCCGGAAGACACUCCCAAGGGCCCUGGGGAGGACAACAUCAGCCCUAUGCGAGGACCUCCUAAGACUCCAAAGCGCACGAAGGCGUCGUCUCCCCAGCCAUCAGACCGAACGGGUGACAGGAAGUUGGGCAGCUUGAUGGACGAGCUGGCCUCAGUACGGGUGCUUAUCGUUGACCUGGGAAACGCCUGCUGGACGCACAAGCACUUCAGCGAGGACAUCCAAACGCGACAGUACCGCUCGCCCGAGGUCAUCACUGGUGUGUGGUACGACACAAGUGCUGACAUGUGGAGCUUGGCGUGUAUCCUGUUCGAGUUACUGACGGGGGAUCUUCUGUUCGACCCCAGGUCCGGAGAGGACUACGACAGGGAUGAGGACCAUCUGGCGCAGUGUAUGGAGCUGCUAGGCAGGCUUCCUGACAAGCUCAUUCACGAGGGAAAGUACAGCCGCCAGUACUUCAACAGAAAGGGCGACCUGCGCCACAUCCACAGCCUCAAGAUGUGGGGUCUGGAAGACGUCCUUGUCGACAAGUAUCACUUCUCUCGCAAGGACGCUCGAGAGGCGGCGGCGUUUAUUCGUCCCAUGCUGGAGAUGGACCCUGACAAGCGGGCCUCAGCACAGCAGAUGCUGGAUCACCCCUGGCUCCAAGGGCUGGGAACGCCCGCCGAGGACGAGCAUGUGCUGUCCUACACUCGGCGUGAUGUCCAAGGUGGCCGUGGAGCAGCCCAGGCCAACACGCCGUCACCAUCCGCGGAUGACCAGUCGCGUGACGCACCUGAAGCCUCAGUUCCGGAUGUAACGGAAGACACCCCCAUGAUAGUCGAGAACGAGGUGCUCGAGAAGGAAGUGGGCCAGCCAGACGACGAAGAGAGAGAGAGCGACGGGGCGGAGCAAGAGGAAAGGGGACAGCGUGGCCAACAGGGGGCAGGAGAGGCGAUCGGUAUGGUUGCGGAGAAAAGUGAGGAGGAGGAGGAGGAGGAGGAGGACGAGGGCGCCUGUGUGGUUGGGGAUACGAGUGAGGACCAGAAUGAUGGCGAUGACGAAAAAUCGGGCGAUGAAGUGUGUCCUGGCGAGAGCAAGAGCAACGUCUCGGAACCUGAGGAGGGAGAUGCGUUGGACGAGUCUUCUGAGCCAGAACCAGAGGUGGAGGUAGACCCGAGGACGGCACCCGUCAGUGUGCAAGAAGGAAACGAACAAUCACUACCUGAGCGUCAGGUGACAGCUGUUGAAGCAAGCGAAUCAGGCGCACGAGAGCAAGCAGCUGCAAGUGAUUGUGGACCGAAUUCUCCGACACCGCCCAACUCCCGUGGCUCCAUGAGUCCCAGCCCGUGACACUACAGUUGUACCGGCGCCCUAGAAGACGUUGAUUUGUGACUUGUCGAUCAUACACUGCGCGGGUACAUUUAGCCAUCUUGCAUACUAGUGUCAAAAUGAACAAGGUGCAGCAGAUCCCCGGACUGCUUUCCGCCGUUUUUGGUUGUAUGUGGUUUCGAGAAGCAUUAUAUCCAUGUAAUUCUAUGUUCUUUAAUUUGGUUCUUGUGGAGUUGUCCGUCGGUCGGCGCGUAUCGUCCAUCGCCCGAGACCUAGCUACGACGGUUUGAUGAAACACGGACCCGUGGCCAUUUUAGCGGGGAGAAUUUUGUUCUUGAGGUUGCUCGGGAGGGCGUGUGCGAAGGAGUUUCUUACUAGGUAUAUAGGGGGCGCGAUCGUUGACGUGUUGAUUCUUUUCCGCGUAGUGUAAGACAUGACUGGAAUGAUCCGGUUAUGGGUCACAUGUAUGGAUCACUCGGUACGGACGAGAACACUCCGAGGUAAAUCUAAACCGACGGCUCUAUCGAAAUCUAUCGAAAUCGAGAGCUACGGUUACGGCUACUCUCACAGGGCGAUCAGCCGAGACGGCCUCAGCGUGUGGUAUCCAGACACCUGAUCGUAGAUUGGGGAUUAAUUAAUCUGCACAUU